AUGCUCCUACUCAUCAAAAGACACAAGACAACCUAUCUAGUAGAGACAUCUCUUCAUGAAUCUGUCCAGAAACUCAAGAGCCGCAUUUCACUCAUUAUUAACAAGGAGAAAGAAGCUAAAGAACUGCGUCUGAUGUAUAAACCUCCCAAACAAACAACCUACACAGUCCUUGAAGAUGCUGCAGUGUUGGAGCAAGUUGGUGUGGUAGACCAAGACACUUUAUAUCUAAUCUAUUUAAACAGUGAUGAUGGUAAAUGGGAAACCGUAAUGGUUCCACCCUAUGAGCCACUUUAUGAGGACGCAGAUCUGGCGGACGAAAGUGCGGCGAAUAAGGGAAAGGCACCUACAACUCAUUCUGCCACAUAAUUCUCAUUGGUAUGAUUCGACGAUUGGCUUUAUUCAGGUCUGUGUGGUUUUGCUACACAGUAUUACCCAUAAAAGUAAACUAUCGUGUAAUAUCAUUCAAGAAUCGUGCAUGUUGUUGGCAGUUGG